AUGGCGCGGUUAUCUUUCAGUUGUAUCUUUCAAUCCGGAAUACAAAAUUUCAUACGGCCUGGAUGGUGUCCUGGGAUACGAUCUUUACAUGGUCAUCAAGAAACUUGGAAAUGUAUUGAGAAUACAGAAGAGAGGAUGAGAGAAAUAUUGAAUGGUUUAUAUAGAUUGGUACAAGAUGACGAUACAGGUUCAUUCUAUGAUGUUCAUUUAAUUACCAAUGAUUUUAUACGUAUUUUGGUGUUUACUUGGGCAGAAUGGUUAGAUGUAAUAGAAAUUAAAUUACACCCAGAAAUCACCUAUGUAAAAUCAUUUUCAACGGGGCUGUUUCCUCUCAGUAUACCAUUCGCCUGCCUUUUAAAUGUGAUAUUUUUCUGGGUGCCAUUCUUAGAUAAAGGAUUAAAUAAAGAAAGAAUUGAAAAACUGCGCCACAGAAUGGCACUUCAGUUAGAAGUUGGUGGUAUUAACUGA